UCAUUUAGAAGGCCGGGCUGUUGUCGCCGCUGUUGCGGUUGCUGCUCCUGUGGGAAAGGAAAGUGCCUGCUGGGGCGCGCGCAACAAGAGUGGCGGGUGGACUGAGGAGUGCAGCAGGGGCGGCUAGAGGGGCGAGAAACCUGCUGGUCUGCCUGACAGGCUCAUAGCCUAGGAGCGGCGGCGGCAUCCCAAAGGAACCUCCAGGGACAGGAGAAGCAUCGCCUGGGGUGCCGGCGAGCUCUUGGGCGCCCAAAGGCGGCGCUGAGGGGUGCGCCCCCCCAGGGCCAGUGGGGCGUGGGCUCUGCAGCAUGAGCAACAGCAGAGUCGUCCGAAGAACUGCAGGGGAGACAGAGCUGGCGGCGCAGCUCCUGCUGGUGCUGGUGACCAUCGGCCGCCUUUGGGGUGCGACAGAGGCCCAGCUUACUGGAGUACUUGAUGAUUGCUUAUGUGAUAUAGAAAGCAUUGAUGACUUCAACAAUUUUAAGAUCUUUCCCAAAAUACAGAAGCUUCUAGAGCGGGACUAUUUCAGAUACUACAAGGUUAAUUUGAAGAGACCUUGUCCUUUUUGGGCUGAUGACAGUCAUUGCUCUAUCAGAGAUUGCCACGUAGAGCCUUGUCCUGAGAGUAAAGUACCUGUUGGCAUUAAAGCUGGGAGUGCUAAUAAAUAUUCAAAGACAGCAAACCAUACCAAAGAGCUUGAAGACUGUGAACAAGCUAAUAAACUUGGAGCCAUUAAUAGUACAUUAAGCAACCAAAGUAAAGAAGCUUUCAUUGACUGGGCCAGAUAUGAUGAUUCACAAGAUCAUUUUUGUGACCUGGAUGAUGAGAGAUCUCCUGAUGCACAGUAUGUGGAUUUGCUGCUGAAUCCAGAGCGCUACACUGGAUACAAAGGGCCCUCUGCAUGGAGAUUAUGGAAUAGUAUCUAUGAAGAAAAUUGCUUCAAGCCUCGGUCAGUUUAUCGUCCACUAAAUCCACUGGCACCCAGCUGGGGAGAAGAUGAUGGAGAAUCUUUCUAUACGUGGCUAGAAGGUCUUUGUCUUGAGAAACGUGUGUUCUAUAAGCUCAUUUCUGGACUUCAUGCUAGCAUCAAUGUUCAUCUUUGUGCAAAUUAUCUACUUGAAGAAAUGUGGGGGAAGCCUCGUUGGGGAGCCAAUGUGAAGGAAUUCACUAGUCGUUUUGACACCACUGAAACCAAAGGAGAAGGUCCAAGGCGGCUGAAAAAUUUAUAUUUCUUAUAUUUGAUUGAACUGCGUGCGUUAUCAAAGGUUGCUUCAUACUUUGAACGUUCAAUUGUUGAUCUUUACACUGGAAAUGCCCAAGAGGAUGCAGAAACAAAGUCUCUCUUGCUAGAAAUCUUCACACACACAAAGUCAUUCCCGAUGCAUUUUGAUGAAAAAUCCAUGUUUGCUGGAGACAAAAAAGGAGCUUCGUCUUUAAAGGAAGAAUUCAGGUUACACUUCAAGAACAUAUCCCGUAUAAUGGAUUGUGUUGGAUGUGAUAAAUGCAGAUUAUGGGGGAAACUGCAGACUCAAGGUUUAGGAACAGCUUUGAAAAUCUUAUUCUCAGAAAAAGAAAUUAAGAAUCUUCCUGAGAAUAGUCCAUCAAAAGGCUUUCAGCUAACGCGGCAAGAAAUAGUUGCUCUUCUAAACGCAUUUGGAAGACUCUCUACAAGUAUACGAGAACUGCAGAAUUUUAAAAUCUUAUUACAGCAGACAAGUUAAUGAAGGCUUGUGUACCUGCUGGUGGAAGUGACAACCAAUUUUUGGAAGACUUGAUACAAAAUGUUUUAAAUGAAAAAAAAAAAUAAUACCAACUUGAAUAUUUAAAAUAGAAAAUGUUAGUCAUCGGUCAAAAUAUUUAUAAAUGAAGUACCUAAUUUUAAAUAUGUAAAUUAUGCUCAUCUGCCACUGUUUUUCUUAGUACACCAAUUAUACCACAUUUAAUAUGAAGAUACUGUUUCUCUCUUCAUGAUUUACACCUAGCUGCAGUAACUUCAUCCAGACUGCUUUGUCCAUAUGAAGAAACCUUGCAGUGUGCUUAAAAACAACUGACUUUCAUAUGUAUCUAAAGGACCAGAUAUUGCUAAGCAAUGAAUUUCCAUAUAUAUUUGACUCCUAUAAUAGUAAAUGCUGUGGCCAGUAAGGAUUUUAGGAAAAUAAGCCAAUUGGCGCCUAAUGCAAACUGUCCACCUUUUACCUUAACCCCCUUCCUUCUUUAUAAUUUCUUCUGUUCUUCUCCCUGCCUGCAUUUAAUUUUCUGUCUCUUCAGAGUUGCCUUUUCUAUGAGGAGGCAGGACUGGCGGAACUUUAUUCCAGAGUCUCUCAACUCUGUACCAUGUGUCUGUUGAAGAGGUAUUUAGAGUUAAGUGCUGCUAACAAAGCAUGUAUACUUUGUUCUUUACCAUGUAGUCAGUUUCACUCUCUAGUUAUAUAAAACAUAAAAUAUCCUGCUUGAAAUCUUUCAAGGAUGGUGCUGGUUCUCCUUGUUCUGAUGGUGGUAUUUAAAUAGUACAUGGAGAAAAUAAAGGCAAAAGGCAUCUUUUAAAACAUAAUGUUGAUUUUUUGGCGUUUAUUACUGCAUAUUCUAUCUAUGCAAUCCCUGAUCAUACUUUUUGGAAAAAAGAUAGACAAUAUCAAUGAUACGGGUAUAUUCUGCAGAAAUUUAGUCCUCCGUCAUUAUCUGCAAAGGGGGACUCUAGUCACCACAGAACAAUAGAAAACAACAAAUAAGUCUAAAAACUUGUUAAAGCUGCAGUAGGAGGAGUUCUGUAAAUUUGUUACAGAGCAGCUUAUUUAGAAGCUGUUUGUAGUGUAAUAUUUGUAUCUAGUGAGGAGUGUUUGAGUACAGCAUGAAUGUCAAUGUUUGUACAUACUAUGUUUUUGCUUUGAUAAAAGUAAAGCAUUCUUUACAAAAUGAAUUAAAAGUGCUCUUAAACCCUUCUAAUCUAA